AUGACUAACGAAGCUUCCCCCGCCGGACAGCGCAAGCUUUCUUCAAACGGACAGCGUUUGAGCUGGAAGCGCCGCGGUUAUCGUAAUCAAAUUGAUAAUCAGUGGCCAUCCCAGUUGCAGUCACCGGGCCAAAACCUUGGAAAUUAUCGGACUAAGGCAAUUGAGGCUGGAAAUCAGCACGUUCAAGGGUCCGCUUAUUCUCCCAAGGAGCCUAGUGAAUUCAACUCGUAUUCUCUCACAAAAAGUGAACCAGAAAAGAUCGAACUUUUGGACAGAAACGUUGCCCGUGCUGGAGGUUUACCACAGCAUGGUGGACAAGGCACAGGACACGAGAAUGGGAAUGAGGCUUUUCUUCACUCAGGUCAUAUAAAAGGGCCGAGUCUGCCAACCAUGCAUUCGGUACGCCUUCCCUCACUCGGAGAACGUUCAAAUGAAAUUCCAAAUGAAAUUCCAGAGCCAAGUCAUCAUUCUGCCAAAAGUUCAAUGCACCCCCCUAGGACAUUUCGUUCUUGCAGUUCACGGCCACCGGCUGCUAUCCUUUCAGAAAAGAAGAGUCCUCCAGGUGAUGAAGAGACAAAUUCUUUAUCUGUUAUGCAUCCUCGAGAACAACAAAAGUUCUUUCCAAGAAACUCCUUCAGAGGAUCACGUGGAAGGGGUCAAGGUCGCACCGGGCGUGGUGGCUUUUCUCGUGGUCCAAGGCCGCACCAAAAUAUGGAUUUGAGCUCAAAUACAGGACAUCGCUUUGCGAAUCCUAUUAAAAGCCAACGAGGGUACCACAGCAACUCUUUACAUGAUUCGCACUAUGCAACUGGUUCAAGAAUUAACACGCCUCGUGGUGGCGUGUCUCUUCCUUUACGGUCCGCAAUGCACUCCACACCGCCGCAACAAAAGCCUGCCUCCGAUGCCUGGUCUUACUGGGAGGAGGAAAGGCCGCAGGCUGUUGAAGUGCAAAGACAUGAUUUCAAUCAAGUUCAGGGAGACGGCAAACUUGAGGUCAUUAACGAUGGUCUCGGAUCGAGAGAUGAAACUCCAGCAGGCAAUUCGUUUAAACAACCACCACUUCAGAGAAAGCCGUCUUCGAAGGAGAUGGCUCCCAAUUCCAACGCAACGACGAUUCAGUCGAGCAAUGCUCCUGAGCAUGUAGGAGCGGAAGUCAUGACCAGCCCGACUCAACCUCAACUGGUGGGUCCUCGAAGUCUACAAGCGCCAAGCCCUGAGAGUCUUCCAAACCCCUCACAGCGAGUAGAGAGGCAACGUGGCAUUCCUCGAAAUUAUAGAAUGGCCAAGCCAGCCGAGGUACAGCCUCCUUUCCAUAUCCCCAAUGAUCAACCAUCUUUGACAGUAGAGCCUACAAUUGGAGGAUUUGGAGAUCUUACCCGCGAUCACACAUAUCCGUCGAAUUCUCAGCGCCGACGGGAGUCAAAGUGGCCGGCAAGGAGGGACUUGAAGACGCCGAGAAGAAGUUAUGUGCCGGGCACGGACAAUGCAAGCGGGCUACCGAGCAUAGCCGGAGCAGAUGCAGGAUCGGAUGAUGUUGUAGACGGCAAUGAAGAAGAUGAUGCUUACUUGGAGAAUCGGCUGGCUGACUGGGAUGGCUCAUGGGCACCUGCACCGGUUGAAUGGGACAGCCGACCGGCAUUUAAAGACCGCAAAUUCAUGGAUACCAUGGAAUCUUGGAUUCGGCAGAUUCAAAGGCAGCAAUUUCCAAAGGUAGACAUGACUAGCAUUGCGUUUCAAGAUGGCUCGGCUCCUGUGCAAGAAGAUGGGUUGCUGGGCUCACCUUUGGAUCACCCUCGCUCUCUGCUAGAUCCAGAAGAUGAGUUCACGGCAUCCCAUAUAAUGCAAACUGCGCAGAUAUCGGCGCUGGAACGCAGCAACCGCGUUCUUCGGCGCGAAAAGGAAAGAAAGCAGCGUCAAAAGAUUCUUAGGGCCUCGCUCAUCGAGCACGCGGCUAGUUACGUGCCGCCUCCAAAUCCUUAUGCUCCGAAGGCAAACAUCUAUCUACGUCCUGUUCAGCCGUCAGACUUUUCGCAGAUCAGAGAUAUUUAUCAAUAUUAUGUGGAAACAUCUGUGUAUGUCUCUGAAUUAGAGUCAGUAACCAUUUCGCAGAUGCAAAGCCGAUGGGAAGACGUGCGCGAGAGCAAGCUACCAUGGUUGGUGGCCGUUGACAGGAAGAUGAACAAAGGUCGGAAUGGAUCGCGCGAAAAUAUAUUGGGGUUCGGAUUUGCAGAUGAUUAUAAUUCACUUCGCAGCUCCUAUCGCUAUACCGUGGAAUUAGAGCUGUAUGUCCGCCCAGAACAUCGUCAACUGGGCAUUGGCAGAUGCCUAAUGGACAAACUCAUGGGACUGCUUGACCCAAUAUAUGUUGAACGUGAGGGCUAUGAUUUCGUCUUCGAAGGUGGCGAAUACGGCCCUGGGGGCGCUAGAGUUAUCGGAAAGGUUCUCUGCAUGAUAGCGUAUGACGGGAAUGACAGGACACAGCUGGAUUGGCUCAAAAAGUGGCUGGAGCAAUGGGAGUUCGCGCAGGUUGGAGAUCUGCUAGGGAUUGGAUGGAAAUUUGAUAAAUCGGUCAAUGUGGCUUGCCUUCAGAUGACUACAGGAAGCCGUAUCGAACCGCAUCGUGGAAUGUAA